UAAUUAAAUAUAUGGAAGCACAAUCUUCACAAAACUCGGCCAAAUGUAACAGCAAAGAAUGUACAAAUCAGUUUUGUUACCAUUGAUAUGAAUGAAAGACCAAAAUUUGUGAGUCCUGAAGUAUGAAAUUUCAUUCAAAAUGAGAGCCGAAGAGGAUCCCUGCUAACUCUAAAGGAGUUCUUCACCAACUAGAAAAGCUAAGAAGCAUCUAUUCAUACCUGAAUGAUGCUUUUGUAGGAUAUAAGUACUCUUCUUUCAUAGAAGACCUUUCAGAAACUUUAGAUAAUCUUUAACUGAGAGUGUAAUGAAUACAGCCAAAGGGUCAAAGAAGCUGUUGAUGAAGGGAGAAAUGAAGAAUUCAAUGAACUUGUGGAGGAAGGAGUCAGACUUAAGAAUGGAAUUUAUGAAGGAAGAUUCGGAAUAUAAAAAAGGGCAUAACCCAAUCUUAAAAUUGUUGUACGAUUAUUAUACAAUGGAUGACUCACCUCUCCGCAAUAAUAGCGAUCAAAGGAUCUUUUCCUCUUUAGCAGGAUUAUCUUCGUAUCAACCAAAUAGGGAGAAUUAUAUCAGAAAUUUUGUUAGAAACUCCAGAGAUAUGGCUAAAAAAGAGGGUGCAAAGGAAAUGAAAAAGAAAAAUUUGGAAAUAAUGAUGAAUCUUGAGGCUGCAUUUCUCUCAAGUGAAGAAAAUAAUUCAUUCCUUAAAGAGGAAAAUAAGAAGCUUCAAAAGCGCUUAGAGUAUUAUGAGUCAAAAUAUGGUCCAAUCAGCAAUGAUAAUGAUGAGAAGGACUCAGAAUUUCAGGAGAAUAAGUUAGAGAAGCAGAUGCCUCAUAAUGGCAAGCCUUUGGCUAUGAAAGUCUGAUAUGAAAAUUCUGAGCUCACCUAAUAAAAUGAAUGCUUUGUAUUAUGAACAUAUUUAUGGUGAAUUCUU